GGAUGAACCGCAACAUAGUUACUCCCCAAAACUAUCAGUCCAUCCCAUCUUCCGUCCCGCCGCCAUUUUGCACUUCCAUCCCCGUUCGCCCAAACCCUUGUUCUCUCCAAUCUAACUCUGUCAGUACAUGGCAACUACACAUUCCAAGCUCUCAGUCACAGACCUCGAAGAGAGACAUCGUUGUAUCUUUGCCACGGCCCUGUCGAGGGUGGUAAACUCCGAUGUUGCCGAGUCGACGUACGCUCAGAUUACCGAUGGCGCUCCCCUUGGUCACGUGUUUCGAGACCGUUACAAUGGCAUCGGACUCCUCCGAAAGCACCCAGUCAAACAACAUAAAGAACUCUGCCCAGGAUCAAUCGAAAAGGCCAUCAAGUUCCGGGACGAGUUUAAGCUGGAGGAUUUAAAAUUCGGUGCGCAGGCAUCAGCGCCUGGGUCAAGAGCAUUCAAGAUGCGUCUGAUUGAGAUGAUUGCUGUCGCUAUCCACCAGAUCGCCGUCAUGCUAUACCAGCUCAACCUCGGCGUGCACACUGACGACAAGAUUGGCAAAUGGUCACCGCCCGAGACUGACAGUUAUUGGAGAUUUCGUUCUACCCUGCCGCCCACGCUUUUCUUCCAUCGAUGGUACCAAUGCUCCGACCAGUAUCCAGGCGGCCUGGCUAAUACGGUAGGCUACUGGGCCGAGUCCCGCAUCCUGGGCGGUGUUGUUCUCUUCGACCGGCGCCAAAUCGAGGGUGCCAAUCCGGACGCCGUAUUCUUCCACUUGGACCGCUUCGAAACCACCUACCACCCUCCUCCACUCUUGCUGUCUGACGACAACGAUGCUCCCCCGCCCUGUCCGCUCCCCAUCCUGGGCGACAAGCGCAACAACAUCCGCGUCGACCCGGAGGAGGACAUUGAGGAGACGGGCAUCUACCGUGAUAUCUGGGAGCGCAAGCCCAUAGACCCGGAGGGGCGCAGUGAUGCACGGUUCCGGGACGUCUUUUCUGGGUUGGAUUACCCUUAUCGCGACGCCUCCGAGGCCCAGUCGCGGGCUUUUGCCCGGCGGGCGAGGAAUCGGCUAAAGCUUGGUAUAUAUGAUCCCCCUGAAUGA